AGCUUGAGAACAGGUGAGUAGAAGAAGCUCCUCCUUCGUGUCCUUCACAACAGCAAACAUGGCGACUGCUACAAGAAUUAUACAAAGGCUUCGGAAUUUCUUAGCAGGGAAAGACCUGCAAGCUAAACUACAGCUGAGAUAUGAAGAGAUUUCAAAGAGGACACAGCCACCACCUAAACUGCCUGGUGGUCCAAGUCACAAGUAUGCCCACAACUACUACUGCACCAGAGACGGACGCAGAGAGUCAGUUCCAGCUACAGUCAUAAUGUCUUCACAGAAAGCUCUGACUGCUGGCAGCCAAGCUGCUGAAAUCGCCACAAAGCGUCCAGUGACUCCUGGUGCUCCGUAUCAGGACUUACCGCUCUCCACAGACCAGCCGUACCUUUGAGCAACAGCAUUUCUCCUUCAGCCCCAGCAACCUUUUAUCUGCUUCUGUUGUGCACAGACAUGUGUGGCUGUAUCCUGUACAGUAAAAAGUGUGAAUAAAUGUUAUGCUUUAAAAAAGUA